AUGUCCUCCACUGCGUCGCAUCCCCCGUUUAAGUCCGCUGCGUUUCGCCGCGGUGCGUUGGGCAGCCCCGCACCGACGACGGUGGGUAACGACCAUAACAUCAACGACAGUGAUGUCCGGCGGCCUUUCAUCGUGAUUGCGCCGCCAGCAGCACCCCCCGUGCCGGCACUCCAGCGAGGAAAAGAGUGGCGCCCUUACCCCAGCGUGCCUUUUUAUGCCACGAUGCAAGGCCUGCAGCUGGUGAUGGACGUGGCCGGACCCGAGGAGGACGCCAGUGACGAUUUGAAUGAUGCGGAACUGCUAAAUAGCCUUCCGACGCUGCAGACACUUUUACAAGGGGCUGCCACAAAAUACGGCAGUAUGUACUACCUGACUUCUCUGCAGGCAAGCCGCAAUCCUUUGCUUUAUCCUGCAGAGGCAUCCCGGUGGCAUACUGGGGUCUCUACGGCUGCUUCACUCGUGGCAACCACCGAGCUGGACUACUGGAAGUACCUCCAAGCCCUACAGGAUGUCUUUUAUCGCUUCACUGAGCUACGUGAUCGCUGUUGCACUGAAUUUUCACAGAAGCUCUGCACACACCAUAUUUUCUUUGUGCACCUCAGAGACCAUCCUCGGCUAAAGGAUCUCAUGGCGAUGCUGGCGGUUGAGCAGGCUCGCCUUUGCUUCUGCCUUUGCGCUUCUUCAAGGGUGACACAACAAUACUUUACACAGCGCGCGCAGGAUGUGGGGGUGGAGCUGGAGUGGGUGUUGGGGUCUGCGUUAGUGACGGAGCCGGAUAGUUUGACAAUGACGGAGGUCAACCCCGUUUUUGCUUUAUGGGACGUGUUUGUGAACCUGCCGCUGCACACCACCUCGCGGACGCAAGAGGUGGGUGACGUGGCGGCAACAGUGCUGUCUCCCGACGGUGUCAUCGCCGAGCGCUUUUUGCGAAACGUCAGUGUGACACUUGUUUCCUCGCUACGCUUCGCUGGUAGUGAGUGGAGCGCCCCUGCGAUGCGGCUGUGCGAGGUGGGGCAGCUCUCGGAGAGUGGUCGGCGCCGACUAGUCUGGUCGUUGGUGGCAACCCCGUGUGUCGUGCUGCCGCACCUUGUGGUGGGCCUCGUGCGGUGCCUCGUCGAGGAGAGCCCUGUCGACUACUUUGAGAUGCGAUUCACACACGAACAUGCCGCAGCUGCCGGGAUGGACGCUGCAAAGGGCGCGGGCCGUGGCGUCGCGUGCGUGGCGGGAGCUCGCCAUGGGGUAACGCAGCGUAAGAGUGCCUCCUCCACCAGCAGCAAUAAUUUGCGCGCGUUUAGCCGCCUCAGCGCUGAGGCGUGGCUUUCCGACGAUGACCGCCGGCAUUACGGUCUUUUUCUGGAAGAUGAUCCGAUUCCAUUGGAAUGCGAGUUCACGAUGGAGGCGCUGCGCUACCGCCGGCAGAUGGGCCGCACAUAUCCCGCGACAGAUGAGGAGUUACUGCACCCGCAGUGCUGGGGAUGCAGCUUCCAGAUGGAAAACCACGUGGAAUGCAUUUUGGCCGACGACGAGGGGUGA